GGGGGGGGGCAGCCAUGGCGGCUUAGCUUCGCCCCCCCUUCCCUCCCCUUCGUCCCCAGCAGGCCGCGGCCUAGCCGGCGGGGCGGAUCCUCGGCCUCGCGUAGCGCCCGCCGCCCGCCGGGGGCUGCCCUGGCCGGGGGGGGCCAUGUCCCUGGUGGCCUACGCCAGCAGCGAGGAGGACAGCGAGGCGGAGGGGGCCGCGGGCGAGGCGGAGGAGGAGGAAGAGGAGGGGGAGGAUGAGGAGGAGGAGGAGGAGGAGGAGGAGGAGGCCCUGCCUCGGCCCCCGGCCCCCCAGCCGCAGCCUCGGGGCCUCUUCGCCGCGCUGCCGCCCCCCAAAACCCCCCAGCCCCCGCCCGGCGGCUUCCCCCCGCCGCCGCCUCCCCUCGCGGGGCCCCCGGCCGCCCUCAGGGCCUUCGGAACCCCCCCGGCGGGCAGGGGCCCGGCCUCGGCCUCCGCGGCCAGCGACGGCGGCCCCGAGGAGCGGCCCCGGCCCGGGGGGCUGCUGCUGCCCCCCCCCAGAAACGCCGCCGGCGCUGCCCCGGCCCUCGGCUUGGGCCCUGCGGCCUCCGCCGCCCUGCCCGGGGCUGGGGGGGAUCUGAGCCUCCCCAGGGCGAAGAAGAGGACGGAGCCGGUGAAGAUCGUGGUGCCCGAGCUGCACCAGGGAGAUUCAGAUUCAGAGGAAGAUGAACCAGCAAGGAAGAAAACUCCUCUUCAGGGACGCGGCGAGGGCUCUGGCUUGUCCGCUCUGCUUCCUCAACCCAAGAACUUGACGGUGAAAGAGACCAAUCGGUUACUUUUGCCCUACGCUUUCUCGAGGAAAGCAGCCGACAACGCCUCCGAGGCGAAGCCCGCGAAGGCCCCCACCUCCUCCUCCAAACCCAAACCUCCGUCCAAGCCGGCGGUGGCCACGACUCCUUCCCCCUCUGCCAUCAAAGCCGCCGCCAAGAGCGCCGCCCUCCAGGUAACCAAGCAGAUCACGCAGGAAGAGGACGACAGCGACGACGAGGUCGAGCCAGAGAACUACUUCUCCUUGUCUGACAGGAGCGAGCCCGGCCUUGUGGCCGCCGAGACGUACAUGUGCUCCGGCACGGUGGUGGCGGAGGACCCGCCGCCCGGGACGGAGCCCGAGCCUCAGUUCCACGACGCUGCUGCCAACGCCCCUCUGGAAUUCAAGACGGGCGCGGGUUCCAGCGGCGCUCAGCACAGCUGGCUGCCCAAGGCUGGAGAAGAGUACGGCGGCCAGCCCUACGGCCAGUUCCCUGCUUACGGCGACGCCGGCGUGACGGGUGCUUAUUACCAGGAUUACUACAGCAGUGGCUACUACCAGGAGGUGGAACCAGCCCAGGGCGCGCCGCAGGAGAUGAGCACCGACUCCUCCUUCCUAGACGACGAAGCGUUCAAACGCCUGCAAGGCAAGCGGAAUCGGGGGAGAGAAGAGAUCAACUUUGUGGAUAUCAAGGGUGACGAUCAGCUGAGUGGAGCCCAGCAGUGGUUGACCAAAUCCUUAACAGAGGAGAAAACCAUGAAAUCAUUCAGCAAGAAAAAAGGAGAUCAGCCCACGGGACAGCAGAGGAGGAAACACCAGAUCACAUACCUGAUCCACCAGGCGAAGGAAAGAGAACUGGAACUGAAAAACACAUGGUCUGAAAACAAGCUCAGCCGGCGGCAGACCCAAGCCAAAUACGGAUUCUGACGCCUCCGUCCCCACGUUCUGGCUGCUGGCCCGGGUGACCUGCGGUGCCGGACUUCUGGCCUUCGGAGACCGACCAGGCCGCGCAGAAUGCUGUCCGCCGGCCGGGCGGGAGGCUGCUGCGCUCCCCUGCCUGCCAGGAGAAAGGCUGAAGGCAAACCAUUCCUGAAACUCCACCUGUAAUCCUUCCCCCCGUCCUCGCAAACAGUAACGUGGAAGGCUCACACCGGGUCUGUUCUGUACAGCUGGCAGCAGCCCCGAGGCAGCUGCAGGAAACGCGCCUGGUGCGAGGCUCGGAGCUCUCGUCCUGUAGGUGCAGGGGCUGCUCCUCCUCCGAAGCAGCCUCGCCACUGGAACCCGAGGCAGAGUCUCAAUAAACUUCCAUUGCCCACUUUGCUCCUUUC